CCAGGCGCCUCGGGCCGUGGGGAGCUUCGGAGCCUUCGCGGCUCCCCGGACGCGUGCGGAGCCUGAAGCCGGAGGGUCGGGAGGGCCCCGCGGCGGACCCCGCAAAGCCAGCGGGGGAGCCACGGUGAGGCAGCGCCCGGGCGGGCGUGCGGGGACGCUGGAGCGGUGCUCAGCACACAGCCUGGGGCCCUGAGGAUUGGUUAGGGCGCCCAUGAGGGGAUCCCCAAAGUUCCGAGGGACCCUUCUCCACCCCUCCAGGGACGGGAAAGGACAGCGGGCUCAGCGUGAGCUGGAAACGAAGGACAAGCUGCCCGUAUAAGGUGGAGCUGAGUCCUCGUGGCCCCAGGGGCCACUGAAGGGUAGAGGCGCAGGUGUAGAGCGCCAACCAGGAAUGUUUCCGGAGUGGCCCACGUCCUGCCAAGGAUGGCGAGUCCCCGGGGCACGGAGCAAAGCGCACCCUGGCGGCGUCGGUGUGCACUGACACCCAGGGCCUCUUGGCGUCCCUCCUGGUGUUGGCGGCGACAGCCCAGGCGGGGGUUUGGUCCCUCAGAGCCUCCCUGGCGCGGACCCCAGGCUUCCCAAGAGUCAGGGAGGAGGACUCUGGUGGCAGCUUUUUCUACAAUGUCAUGGUCUAUGGUGGAGACCUAGACACGGUCUAUGCGGCCAGCGAGAAUAUAGUGGUAUGACUCCCCUAUCUAUGGCUCCGUGGGUGUUCCUUUUUGGCCUCACCAUAUCCUGCAUUCUUAUGUGGGGAGCGGGACCAGAGACCCCGCAUGACACCCUGCUUGGGACCUGCCUCUAAUUUGGAGACUUGGCCGGCGUGAGUGAAGCCUCCUCCUUUGUGCUCAGCAACUGCAGAAGCUGAUGGGCUGCUGCUGCAGGGGCCCCAGGCCAAUCGUCCCCGACACCGUGCCCCGCAUCGUGACGGACGUGGCGCCACCUCGUUGGUCCAGAGUGAACGGCUGGUCGAAGCCCUUCGAUCCCUUCCAGGUGGUGGUUUGGGCCAUCUUCCUGACCUUUGUGUUGGCCAUGUUCUGUGUCUUCAUCCCCAUGCUGCCCUGUGAGUGGCAGUACGUCACCUACGCUGUGACCAGCGGAGGGUUUGUCUUACAUUACAUUGCUUACGUCACUGCAAUGACAAUCGACCCGGCCGAAGCCAGCGUCCGUUGUAAAAUCUACGGAGCACCUCGGCCUUCCUUCGACCGCGCCCGCCAGGCCCAUGUCAUCCAGGAUCAAUACUGUAGCCUGUGUGAUGCCAUUGUAAGCAUGAAAGCGAAACAUUGUCGUAUGUGCAACAAAUGUGUGGCUGGCUUCGACCAUCACUGCAAGUGGAUGAACAACUGCGUGGGGAGCAGGAAUUACUGGUGGUUCUUUGUCUCCAUAGCCUCCGCCUUCACAGGUCUGCUCGGGAUCAUUGCCAUUGUGAUGUACAUCUUAAUCCAGCAUUUCAUCAAUCCAGAGGCGCUCCGCGAGGACCCCCACUAUGGAGCCAUCAGCAGUCAGGGCACAUGGCUGCUGUUCCUGCCUUUUUUCCCCGUGAGGACGAAGACCCUAGUGGUCGUGAGCAUCGAGAUGUUUGUGCUGCUGUUGGCCAGCCUCUGCCUGGUGGUGAUCACAUACCUGCUCUUUUUCCAUAUCUACCUGCUGUGCAACGGCCUAACCACUCUUAGUUAUGUAAAAAGAGACUCCGAACAGGCAUCAAAAGCCUCAGUGCUGAGUUCAAACCUGCCUACAGGAAAGCAAUCAGAUAACCUGCCUUCAUCUGCACGAAGCAAAGCCCGAACGCUUUUCAGUUCCAUGAAGGCUGAGGUGAGGAAGCUGCAGAAGAAAAGUCUGCAGCUGGCAGAUGUUGGUUCAUCAGGCUUAAGGAGAGAGGCCGAGUCCAUGACAUCAACGUGCGAGAUGAAGCACCACGCCAUCCAGAAGGCCAAGUGAGAGGAUUCAUGAAGGUGGUUGCACUAAACCAUAGGUUUCCAGUGCAGACACACAGCCCUAUAUUGGAAGAAGGUGCCGUCUGGGACUUUCACAGCUGGAGAGGAGAGUCCGUGCUGGGGUUCCAAGCUUCAGAGGACAGGCCGACUCUCCUGCUCGGGGCUCACGCGGCGGGUGACGUUAGGUUGACGCCGGUGCUCACUGACUGUUCUGAGAGUCCCAGGGCCCUUAGGAAUGAUCUAAAUCGACUCUGCCCGUGCCCUGUAAAUAGAACAAGAAGGCCUGGAUGACACAGCUGUUUACAACAGUGGUUACUGACUAUUUUAAGCCCACUGUUAAGACCCUCUGCUCAGAGGAAAGAUUCCUUUCCAACUAUGACUGCUCAGUCAUGAUGCACCUGGUCACCCACGAGCUCUGGGGAGGCCCACAACGAGGCGAGUGUUGUGUCACACCCGCUAACACAGCGUCGUCCUGCAGCCCAUGGGCCAAGGAGGCAUUUCUAUUUUCAAGUCUUAUCACUUUAGAAAUAACAUUCCCUGAGGCUAUAGCUGCUGUAGACAGUGACUCCCAUGAUGGAUCUGGGCAAAGUUGAUUGACCAUCUUCUGGAAAGGACUCACCAUUGUAGGUGCCAUUAAGGACAUCUGUGAUGCACGAGAAGAGGUCAGAAUAUCAGCAUUACAGGAGUUUUGAAGAAGCUGAUUCCAACGCUCGUGGGUGACUUUGACGGGUUCACAACUUCACUGGACGAAGUCACUGCAGACGUGGUAGAAACAGCAGAAGUAGAACUGGAAGGGGGUCUCUAGGUGACUGAACUGCUGCCAUGUCAUGAGAGAACUUGGAUGGAGGAGCAGCUGCUUCUUCCGGAUGAGCAAAGAGAGAUUCCGUUGUUGAGAUGGAACCUGCUCCUGGCGAAGAUGCUGUGAAGGUUGUUGAAAUGACAACAAAGGAUUGA